AUGCCUAUUGCCACAUCGAAGCGCUCGGCCCAUGAGUUCCUGUCGGACGAAGACGAUAAGGAUGACAUCUCUAUCGCUUCUAGCAUCGUAGGCCGAAAACGCGCCCGCCGGGGAACUAUAACGGAUGACAACCGCCACCAUAAUGAUAACGGAGAGAACGAGGACGUCCAGGGUGAUGAAGAAGAGAACGGUGAUGAUGACGAUGAGGAAGAGGAUGACUUGGAACUGGAUGAGAAUGGGACAGUGAAGGUGGAACCUGGCAGCAUUCUUCCACCAGCCGAUCCGGAGGUUGAGGAUGAGGAAGAGGUUCUAGGGAGAGAGGGUUUAGAGCUAGGCCCCAAUGAACAGCCUUUCCAGCCUGGGAGUAUCGUACGGAUUAAGGUCAACAAUUUUGUUACUUAUUCACAAGUAGAAGUAUUUCCAGGCCCGAAUCUUAACAUGGUCAUUGGUCCAAAUGGAACAGGAAAGAGUACGAUUCACCUAGGCAGAGCAAAAGAUAUCUCAGAAUUUGUCAAACAUGGAGCCCAAGAAGCAAGAAUUGAGAUUGAACUUCAAGGUCAACGAGGUUCCAGAAACCCAAUAAUAGUAAGAAGAAUUAUUCGAGAAGGCAACGCCUCAAACUUUACUCUAGAUGGCAAAUCAAUAAGCAAUGGGAAAUUGCUCAAAUUCACAAGAUCUUACAGUAUACAAAUUGACAACCUUUGUCAAUUCCUUCCACAAGACAGAGUCGUUGAGUUCGCUGGGCUUAACCCAAUAGAUCUCAUGAGAGAGACACAGCGUGCUGCAGCUCCUCCAAAGGUUCUCGAGAACCACGAGAACUUGAAAAAGUUGGGGAAAAAGUUGAAGGAGAUCUCAAAUGAUUUUGAAUCAGAUCGUGCGACGCUCAAAUCAAUGGAGGACCGCCAAGCUGCGCUUCAGCAGGAUGUUGAGAGACUCCGAGAACGGCAGGAAGUAAUGCAAAAAAUAGAACUCCUGGAAAAGGCGAGACCCUUCAUUGCCUAUACUGCAGCUCGUAAAAAGUCCAACGAGGCGAAGGAAGCAUUCAAAAAGUCUCAGAGAGAAUUGGAAGAGCUGAAAAAUCAGGUGCAGCCGAUGACAGAUGCGCCAAAGAUUAAAAAACGUUACAGAGAUUUGCUGGACAAAUGUGUUAGGGAGAGAAAGACCCUCGUUGAAAAAAAAGAGGAAGAGAUGACCAGAUUCAAGGAUAGAGUUCUUGCCAAAUAUGACGACGAGAAGAAAAAAGUUGAGAAUAAGAGAGAAGCCGAGCGGGAUGCUGAAAAGGGCCGGAGAGAAGCCGUAGGUAAAUUGAGGGGGAAGAUAGAAAAACUAAAGAAAUCGCUUGAGAACGAGCCUCCCGAAAUCAAUCUGCAUGAGUUCAAUCAACGACUGGCCGGGAAACGACGAGAUAUACGAGAGUGCUGGACGAAGGCCGAGGAGAAGAAGUCCGAAAUCAUGCCAAAAAUCGAUCAAGCUAAUCGUAUCAAAACUCAAAUUACUCGCGCACAGACAGAACUCGAAGAUCUUGAGACUGCAACUGGUCAACGCGAGAGAAUGCUGAGAAAUAUGAGCCCUGACACUUUUCGAGCUUGGGAUUAUUACAAAUCUCAUAAGGAUGAAUUUGAGGCUGAGAUUUUCGGACCUCCAGUAUUGACAUGUAGUAUCAAGGAUCCCAAAUAUGCCGAUGUUGUGGAGGCCUUGAUAGGUAAUAACGACAAGAAAUCCUUUGUUUGUCAAACGAGGGCCGACUACUUAAAAUUCGUAAAUGCUUGCUUUGACAAAGGGAUGGGGCUUGCCGAUGUGACUAUUAGAGACUAUUCAACAAGCAGGGCACCAACAUUAGCUCACCAGCCAGAAGGACCGAUUAAGGCGGAGGAGCUGGCUAGAUAUGGGUUUGACGGGUACGCGCUGGAUUAUAUGGAGGGACCAGACCCAGUGCUUAAUAUGCUCUGUAAUGAGACUGGUAUUCAUCGCACGCCCAUUUCCCUCAAGGAUUUCACUCCCGCCCAAAAUAAACAAAUGGAAGAUACAAACAUCGUACAAUGGAUAGCUGGCCGGACAAGCUACAGAAUCAUUCGCAGGAGAGAAUACAAUGCCAGUUCAACACGUUUAGGAAAUGUCAGACCCGCCACAGUAUUCAAAACGCAACAAGUAGACCAAUCCUUGAAAAUCGAGAUAGGGCGCAAAAUAUCUGAGCUUGAGGAGGAACUUGCAAGUGUCGAGGAGGAAAAAAUUGCAAAAGAGAGAGAGCAUCGUGAGAUCAAGGCGAUGCACGAAACGCUCAAAAAGGAAGCGAUAGAUAUCGAUGCGGAAAAGACUGCGAAACAGCAGGAUGUGUUAAAGUUCAACAAAAUGAAAGCAACACUAGGGCCAUUGGAGGAGGACUUGAAGCUAAAGUCUGUUGGGAGUGAGGAAUACAAAGAGAGAAUCAAGGAGCUGUCAAACAAGCUAGUUGAACUAGCUGUCAAGAAAGCAAAAGAUACUUUACAAUAUGGGCGUAUAAUCAAAGAACUGGUGGAUUUGCAUCAGGAUUUGAUGGAAGCCCAACUUCGAUUGGCUGAAGCACAGUCGGAUGUAGAUAUAUUGGAGAAAAGAAUUGAGGAAACCAAGACAAGGUUGGAGAACAAGAAGCAGGAGGUUUCUGAGCUCGAAAGAACAUCGAAGGCUCUCCUUGCAGAGGCCAAGUCUAUGCAAGCCAAGUGCAGGAGAUUGUUUCUCGAGUUCACUGAGGCGGAGAAGGAAAUAAUUAUGGCAUUCCCUGAUACUAAGUCUGGCGAAGACAUUGACCAUGACAUCGAGAUCGAGACGGCCAGGCUCUCCCUCCUUCACGAAGGGAACCCGAAUGCUAUCAAACAGUAUGAGGAUCGGCAGGCUAAGAUCACAGCUCUGACAGCAAAGAUCGCAGCAACAGAAAGGAAAUUACAAGAACUACAGGAUGCGAUCCAGGAGCUACGGGAAGCUUGGGAGCCGAAAAUUGAUAGACUGGUUGCUAAGAUCAGCACAGCGUUCACGAAGAGCUUUGAGAAGAUCGGGUGUGCCGGAGAGGUAAAGGUGCAUAAAGAGGAGGACUUUGACAAGUGGGCGGUUCAUAUUCUCGUUAAGUUCAGAGCGAACGAGAGACUUCAAAUUUUGAAUAACCAACGGCAAUCUGGAGGCGAGAGGGCCGUAUCUACUGUAUUUUAUCUUAUGGCUUUGCAGUCGCUUGCGAGGUCUCCAUUCCGCGUAGUUGAUGAAAUCAACCAAGGGAUGGAUCCAAGAAACGAGAGGCUUGUGCAUCACCGAAUGGUCAACAUCGCAUGCCAAGAGUACACAUCACAGUAUUUCUUAAUUACGCCCAAGUUACUACCAGAUCUGAUGUAUCAUCCACGCAUGAAAAUCCACUGUAUCAACUCUGGAGACUGGAUCGAUGCAGGGUCUGUUCUUGAUAACACCAAAUAUCUAAAGAUAGGCCAGGCACUCAAAGCGCGUGGUACAGUGUUUUAA